GCAAUUUCACUCUWGUCUGACGAUCAAGUUUUGUACAGAAUUGUGCUUCAAAAACAUCCACGAAAAUGACCAGAAUCAAAGCUGGACCAGUUGUAGAAAUGCAGGGAGAUGAAAUGACUCGGAUUAUCUGGGAUUUGAUUAAGGAAAAGCUAAUUCUUCCAUAUAUUGAUCUCGACAUCAAGUUUUUUGACUUGAGUAUACAGAACCGUGAUGCUACAGACGACAAAGUUACAGUGGAGGCUGCUGAAGCCAUCAAAAAGUACAAUGUUGGGAUCAAGUGUGCUACUAUCACUCCUGAUGAGAAAAGGGUUGAAGAAUUCAACCUGAAAAAGAUGUGGAAAUCUCCCAAUGGAACAAUUAGAAAUAUACUUGGAGGCACUGUAUUUAGAGAGGCUAUCAUCUGUAAAAAUAUUCCAAGACUUGUCCAUCCCUGGACAAAACCUAUMAUCAUUGGUCGACAUGCUCAUGCUGACCAGUACAAAGCAACUGACUUUGUAGUACCAGGACCAGGAAAAGUAACGAUAACCUACACCCCAGAAGAUGGCAGUAAACCAAUAGAAUACACUGUUCAUGAGUUUAAAGACAGUGGUGGUGUUACCAUGGGGAUGUUUAAUACUGAUAAGGUAAGUUCCAUUUAUUAUGUACCCAUCUGGCAGUUCACAAAAAACACAAUCUUGAAAAAGUAUGAUGGUAGAUUUAAAGAUAUAUUUCAAGAAAUCUAUGAAAGGGCUGGGUACAAGGAGAAGUUUGAAGCCAAUAACAUCUGGUAUGAACAUCGUCUGAUAGAUGAUAUGGUGGCAUAUGCUAUGAAGUCAGAGGGUGGAUUUAUGUGGGCCUGUAAAAACUACGACGGUGAUGUGCAGUCGGAUUCAGUAGCACAAGGUUUUGGUUCUCUUGGUAUGAUGACAAGUGUUCUUGUUUGUCCUGAUGGUAAGACUGUGGAAGCUGAAGCAGCACACGGUACAGUUACUAGACAUUACAGAAUGCAUCAACAAGGCAAAGAAACAUCUACAAACUCUGUAGCUUCAAUAUUUGCAUGGACAAGAGGCCUGAUGCAUCGUGCUAAACUUGAUGAUAAUGAUAAAUUGUUCAAGUUUUGCCAAGCAUUGGAAGAAACRUGUAUUUCCACAAUUGAAGCAGGUUUCUUGACUAAAGAUCUUGCUGGCUGUAUCAAAGGCUUGCCCAAUGUUGUUAGGUCUGACUAUCUCAGUACUUUUGAAUUCCUGGAUAAAGUAGCUGCUAACCUUGCUAUAAAGCUAAAGGAAGACUUCUGACUAGACAACAAUACCAGUAAAAGUCACCUUUGAUUUCUCUGGCUGGUAAUAGUGAAUGUUCGGCAAUCUUGGGGAAAAAUGUAUUUAGCAGCAAUAACAUAUAAUUGAAUUAUUAGUUGAUUGUCUAUCAAAAAGCAUUGACAACAUUUUAUUACCUUUUGCUUACAUACCCCCACCCUACCCCCUGACAGGAUCAACCUUUCUUGAUCACKGURUCUGUAUCACUGUAUCUACAAAAAUURAAAUAUAAUGUGAUGGGCAUGACAGGUGUCCAUUUUUUUACCCAAGAUUGCUUGAUCAAAUUUACUUUUGUGUACUGAACAGUUUUUGUUCGGCAGCACACAGGCAAAUCAAAGUUUGACUUUUUUCCUUUUUAGUAUUUUUAAAUGAAGCUUAAUGAUGAAAAUCUGGUAUAAAUUUAAAGAUUUCUUAAAUCAAGUGGUUGAUGUGGGUAAUUUAAUGUCUGUACAAUUCAAGUGCAUGUUGUGGAUUUUUUUUGUGUGUAGGAAGAAUAUGGAAUAAGCAUCUUAGAGGGGAUUUCUUUCAAGUGUGAGAAGAAUAAAUAGCACUGUCUUUAUGCUUAUCAAUUAGUGAGCAAAUGAAGACAGUUUGAUGUCUACUGCCUAUACAUUCGUGUUAGUUUGUCAAUUCUUUUAGCCCUUUCUAAGAAAAAAAAAUGUAGAUGUGAUUUGAUGGUUUAGUGUUGCUGUUUUGUUUGGCUUAUCAUAGUUAGGAAAUUUAAUGUUUUAUAUCGACUACAAUCAAAAAAUAUUAUGAUUCAGACUUUGAUAGUCAUGGAAGUGUUGUAUUAUUUAUGACCAGCCUUAAAAAGCAGGGCAUUUACCUUCCAUCAUUACACUUCAAUUAAAAACCUCRUCUGAGGAUCUAAAUUGUGUGGGAUGCUGUUGUUAUUGUAAAAAUUAUUUGAAAAUAGUACAAAAUCAGAAAAUAACUAGAUGACACUUUGAAGGAYGGUGGUUUAAAUGGCUAUAAAACUUUCCAAACAUGUUGGGGGUGCUGACUGUUUUUGUCCAGGCAACUGUAAUGACCAAUGUUACAAAUGGAAUUAUGGCAGUAGAAUGACAGUUAUGGAAGGGAUUAGUUAAGGGUUAUUUAUGAUGAAAUCUCCAAUAAUAUUAAUGGUUUAUUAAAGACUUAACUAUCAUGCCAAUAAAUUGUAUCUUGGAUGUCAAUCCAUUAACAUUGUUCAUUUGUAAAGAAGUAAAGAUAUAACAACAAAGUCAUUGAGUGCUCGCACUAAAUGCGUGAAAUAUAAUUACUACAAAAUAAGUGAUAAAUUAUACAAAUUCCUUUGUUUUCUAUUGUAUAAUCAACACUAUUUAGUAGUAAUUAGUACUAUCUGUUUCACGCUUUAAGUGCGAGCACUCUUGCAUAUAAUAAUUAAUUUCUUUGCAAGAAUAUUCAACAUAAACUUCUUUACAAUGUCAAUAACAUUUAAUUCUCUAUUUAUCUAGUUUAGAAUUACCAUUCUUCCUGGGAAUUUUAAAUUUAAUUACCCUUUUAUGAAGAUGAAUUUGUUGUUGUGUUUACAAGUGAUUGUUUAAUGAGAUUGACUGUAUAAUAAUAGUGGAGGAAUUAACUUAUUGUUAGGUUACUAGUUGCAUGUGAAAUUCUAAUAUUUUUUAAUAUUGUUUUUAUUUCAUGAAUUGUUUUAAUAAAUAAAGGUGCAAAAAGACUG